CAUAGACCCCAAUCUGAGGGUAGAGGCUGAGAAUGAACUCAACCAGGAGACUUUGGAAGCUGAUGAAGAUGACAGACCUGAACUGAUCUGGUGGAAGUGCAAGAAAUGGGCUCUGCACAUCAUCAUGAGAAUGUUUGAGAGAUAUGGCAGUCCCGGCAAUGUUACAAAGGAGUAUUUUGAGUUUGCAGAUUUUUACUUGGAAGACUUAUGCUACAGGAAUCCAACAAGUAUUGUUGAAGGUGAUUGAUCAGUACAGACAGAAGCAGUACGUGAGUCCUCGGGGUCCUCCAGCAGGCAUUGAUCUACAUGACUCAGGGUGUCUCACACUCGAUCACAUGGAAACAAAUGAAACCACACAUGCCGAUAUAUAUGACGAUCAUGUGUUCCCGGCCACGGCUGCUCAGACUCUGUUGUGUAAAGCAGCCAGGAAGAAGAAGGAGGUUUUGCCUCAGAUGAUGGAAUUUUGUCACCAGAUCCUUAUAGACCCCAAUGCUGACCCUCGCAGGAAGGAUGGAGCCCUGCAUGUAAUCGGCACGUUAGCUCAGUCUUUGCUAAAGAAGCGAGUGUACAGGGACCAGAUGGAGAUCAUUUUACAAAACUAUGUUUUUCCUCUGCUCAACUCGAAUCUGUGCUACCUACGGGCCAGGUCGUGCUGGGUGCUGCACUCGUUCAGUCCUCUGAAGUUUCAUAAUGAGCUGGUUCUGAGGAACGCUGUGGAGCUGGUCAAACAGAACCUGGUGGAUGAUAAGGAGAUGCCUGUCAAAGUGGAAGCAGCUAUUGCACUACAGACGCUCGUCAGCAACCAGGAGCAAGGCUGAGAUCUUCAGCAAGGUUCUCCAGAGUGAAGAGUAUGAGGAGAGUGAAGAUAAGACAGUGAUGGCACUGGGCAAUCUCAGC